AUGUGGUUCUGGGAUAGUUCAGAGAGUGAUCAAGGGACCAUGGACGACAAAAGCGUCUUUGACGACUGUUUCAAGUUGUCAAGGACCCAACGUCUCUAUGCGUUUGGUAUAUGGCAUUCGUCUUUGGCCUUGAUUCAAGGAAACAUAGCAGGCUUUGCCGUCCUCUAUACCCUCGGUAACGUUGUAUCCCUUAUCAGUACGGGCUUCUUGGUUGGCUUCAAAAAGCAAGUGAAGACAAUGUUUGCACCAGUUCGAUGGUUUGCCUCGGUAUUAUUCCUUGCGGCAAUGGCAGCCACUUUAGUCGCUGCUAUCGUGGUAAUUGGUGUGCACUCCUUUGGUACUGUGCAAGUUACAUACCUUAUGGAAGAACUAUCAUCAAGAAAACGUGCGGAAGCUGCGUUGGCAGCAUGGUCUAAUAAGCAGUUCUAUUAA